AUGUCCUUCCUCUUCAAGGCCUUUGACACCUCAACCUCCCUCCGGCCGAAGGCCUCCGUACUAGAUAAUCUUCCAGACCACAUGGCAUCCUCUCCCUUCCCUGGCAUCCGGACGCCUGCUGAGGCUGUUGCCCGGAUCGCAUACCAAGCCAGCGAUGUGAUUGUCAGCGUACAGCCUUCUCUGGCUGCUGACUCCGAAUUCUCGAGCCAUCUCAAGAGAUACCAUGGUAGAAAGGAGCGAAGUCUGGUCGCGAAGAAUGUUGAGUCUGUCCCAGAGCUCGUCUCCGUGAGGCACAACGCCGACCCAUUGCUUUCUGUCUUCGAGCCUGCUCGAAACGGCCUUCUGGUCUCCGUCACGACCUCUUCCAGGAUAUUACUCCCAUCGGUCGGCCACCUCUACAAGCUGGCCAACUAUCCUGUUGUUAUCCACGUCGCCCUCCACCCUGAUCAGUUCCCAGACUACUCCGCCAUAACCUCGAUCAGGAACUCAGGAUGGUCGUUCCUGCAGUCCGAGUCUAUCCAGGAGGCCCAGGAUAUGGCCCUGACUGCCCAUGCUUUGGCGGUCCGGUCAGGAAAGGGUGUCAUACAUUUCUUCAGCUCUUCUGCUUGCAAGGAUGACAAGCCCAUCGAGUACGAGGUGCCGAGUACCCUGCGCGAGGUGCUGAACAUGGAUCUAGUGCGGCGCCUGCAGAACUCCAACAUCCCAGAGUCUGGUAUUUAUGCCGACGGUGGGCGGGUGGCCUUGGCUGAGAACCUGAUCGACCUGGGCCCCGAGGUGACGUCGCCCAAGUCACCCAAGCUGAAUGGCCUGAGCGCGCCCGAGGGCACCGACGGCAAGAUCUCCUCGCAGGCGUCCGAGAAGUCGAGCCAGCAAAGCGUGACAAGCAGCCCUCCCAGCGAGUCUUCGGCGACGACGAUCGAGGCCCAGCCUGCAACGGUCACUUCCGAGCAUAUCUACAACUACGUGAACCUGAUCUGGGCCCAGAUCAAGAAGCUCUCAGGGCGGGAAUAUCACGUCUUCGAGUACUCGGGCUCUGCGACAGCUGAGACCUGCCUCUUCAUUUUCGGAUCCGAUGCGGGCCUGUUUGGCGAUGCAAUCGACCGGGCACCUCCUACCGAGAGCUUCACCAGCUGCGCCAUUCUCACCCCACGGCUGUACAGGCCAUGGCUGGGUGUCAAGCUGAUUGAUAUUCUGCCAAGAACAGUAAAGAAAGUUGCCGUCUUGGAGCAGGUCUCGAAAAAGACGACUAAGUGGGGACCCCUACUGAUUGAUGUCCUAACCUCCCUCAAGAGCGGAAUGGGAGGCGUAGAGACCAUUGUGGGGUACCAGCUUGGGUAUCUUACCCAUGAGACGGCCACGCAGGCUCUGCGUGGUAUCUACCAGAACUUGAUUUCGGACAAGCCUAUUCAAAAUCUGGAGGUUGGCUCCCGACAAGGCCCGGAAGAGGCUUCCGAGUACGGGCUUGAGGUUCCCAAGCUUGAGACUGCCUACACCAAGAUUCUGGAUCAACUCUUUGGAUCAAGAGUGUUCCUCGCCAACUCACUCCAGUCUGACAAUGCUGGCGUCUCCACUACCAUUUCUGCAAGCCCCGAGUACGGUUUCGGCUCUCUGCUGGCGCGCAAGGAGAGGAGGCGAAAAUUUGUUGCCGAUGUGAAGGAGACUGCUGCUUCGGGUACAUUCCUGACGGAGACUCCUAAGCGAGCGCUUGCGCAAUGGGCCUCGCACGCUGAGAACCCAGCCAAGAUCGAACAGGUCGCGGAAGACGUCAUCUCUACACUCGAGACGGACAACUCCUCUACUUCCCGAAAGAUCCUCACCAACAAGGCUUUCUUCUGCAAGGAGUCUUUAUGGCUGGUGGGCUCGGAUGCGUGGGCAUACGAUCUCGGCAAUUCUGGUGUGCACCACGUUCUGGCCUCUGGCGAGAAUGUCAACAUGCUCAUCAUUGACUCGACUCCAUAUUCUGAGCGGGCAGCAGCUGAUGCUGCCAGGAGGAAGAAGGAUAUUGGUCUUUAUGCGAUGAACUUUGGCAAUGCCUACGUCGCGUCCGUAGCUGUGUACAGCUCGUACACACAGGUGUUGCAGGCCAUGGACGAGGCUGACAAGUUCGACGGCCCGUCGGUCGUUCUGGCAUACCUGCCGUACAACGGUGAGCACGACUCACCUCUGACAGUUCUCCAGGAGACCAAGCAGGCAGUUGAUAUCGGCUACUGGCCCCUAUACCGCUGGAACCCAAGUAACGAAAAGAAGGGCGAGCCGGCCUUCGCUUUGGACUCAGAGAGGAUCAAGAAGGAGCUGAAGGAGUUCCUGGACAGGGACAACCACAUGACCCAGCUCAUGGCAAAGGAGCCCAAGUACGCUCCGGUCUUGUCCGAGGACUACGGUACCGAAAUUCGCAAGCAGCAGAAGCGGAAAGCCAAGGAUGCGUAUGCUCAACUACUGGAAGGCCUGCAAGGUGCACCUCUCAUGAUUUUGUUCGCGUCGGAUGGCGGCAAUGCGCAGUCACUUGCAAAGCGUCUGGGCAACCGGGGCAAGGCGAGAGGUCUGAAGACGACUGUCUUGGCAAUGGAAGACUACCCAGUUGAGGAUCUCUCGACCGAGGAAAACGUCGUCUUCAUCACUUCUACUGCUGGCCAAGGAGAGUUCCCACAGAACGGGCAUGCGCUCUGGAACGCCAUCAAGGACAGCACUGAGCUCGACCUGGCCACCACCAACUACUCAGUCUUUGCUCUCGGUGACAGCCACUACUGGCCGAGGAAGGAGGAUAAGAUCUACUACAACAAGCCUGGCAAGGACCUCGACAGGAAGUUGGCGGACUUUGGUGGCAAGCGCCUGGCAGAGAUCGGACUUGGUGAUGAUCAGGACCCUGAUGGCUACCAGACCGGAUAUACUGAGUGGGAGCCGAAGAUCUGGCAAGCUCUUGGCGUGGCAAACGUCGAGGGCCUCCCUGAGGAGCCCCCGCCAUUGACCAACGAGGACAUCAAGAUCGCGUCCAAUUAUCUCCGCGGCACGAUUGUCGAGGGACUCAAUGACCCCACCACCGGAGCAAUCUCGGCCGCAGAUCAGCAGCUGACCAAGUUCCACGGUACCUACAUGCAGGAUGACAGAGAUCUCCGGGACGAAAGAAAGGCCCAAGGCCUAGAGCCAGCAUAUUCUUUCAUGAUUCGGUGUCGACUGCCAAGUGGUGUCUCCACGCCAAAGCAAUGGAUUCAGAUGGACGACAUCAGCAACCAGCUCGGAAAUGAGACCAUGAAGUUGACGACACGGCAGACUUUCCAGUUCCACGGUGUCGUUAAGGGCAAGCUCAAGCCUGCCAUGCAGGCUAUCAACCGAGCUCUCAUGACGACUAUCGCCGCUUGCGGUGAUGUGAACCGAAACGUCAUGUGCAGCUCCCUGCCUACCCAGUCCAAGUUCCACGGCGAGGUGCACGAGUGCUCGAAGCGGAUCAGCGAUCACCUCCUGCCAUCGACCACCGCCUACCACGAGAUCUGGCUGACAGAUGACGACAACAAGAAGACUCAGAUUGCUGGCGACGCCGUGCAAGACUUUGAGCCUCUGUAUGGCCCUACUUACCUGCCCCGAAAGUUCAAGAUCACCAUCGCCGUUCCUCCUCACAACGAUACCGACGUCUAUGCCCACGACAUUGGUCUGAUCGCCAUCAAGGGCGAUGAUGGCCACCUUGUCGGCUUUAACUUGAUGGCCGGCGGUGGUAUGGGUGCGACGCACAACAACAAGAAGACCUAUCCACAGACUGGCCGCAUGCUGGGCUUUGUAAGCCGCGAGGAGGUGCACAUUGCUUGCGAGAAGGUCAUGCUGGUCCAACGAGACCACGGAGACCGCAAGAACCGUAAGCACGCACGACUUAAGUAUACGAUCGACGACAUGGGCGUGGAUGUCUUCAAGUCCAAGGUCGAGGAUCUGUGGGGUAAGACCUUUGACAAGCCCAAGCCGUUCAAGUUCGAGUCCAAUGUCGACACUUUCGGCUGGCAGCGCGACGAGCUCGGCAUGAACCACUUCACCCUCUUCAUCGAGAACGGCCGUAUCGAGGAUACCCCCACUUUCCAGAUGAAGACGGGCAUGCGCGAGAUCGCCAAGGUGCACAAGGGAGAGUUCCGCCUGACAGGCAACCAGCACGUCAUCCUGAGCAAUGUUGCUGAUGAGGACCUUGACGACAUGAAGGCCCUCCUGAAGAAGUACAAGCUCGACAACAUCAAGUUCUCCGGUCUGCGCCUUAGCUCCUCUGCCUGCGUUGCCUUCCCAACCUGCGGUCUCGCCAUGGCCGAGUCGGAGCGCUAUCUUCCCGUGCUGAUCUCCAAAUUGGAGGACUGCCUCGAGGAGAACGGCCUGCGACAGGACUCCAUCGUCAUGCGCAUGACAGGCUGCCCCAACGGUUGCGCACGUCCCUGGCUGGCUGAAGUGGCCUUCGUCGGCAAAGCCUACGGCGCGUACAACAUGUACCUCGGCGGUGGAUACCACGGCCAGCGGCUGAACAAGUUGUACCGGUCCAGCAUCAAGGAGGAGGAGAUCCUGAGCAUCAUGAAGCCUCUUCUGAAGCAGUAUGCCCUGGAGAGAGAAGAGGGCGAGAGGUUUGGAGAUUUCUGUAUCAGGACGGGUUACAUCAAGGCGACGACCGACGGUACAAACUUCCAUGCUGAUGUUGCUGAGGAAGAUGACGAUGAGGAGUGAAAAGCUUAUAAAUUGCUAAGCGUUUGUGCUUGUAUCACACUGCCGGCUCAUUCAUUUGGCGCGAAGGGUAUUGGUUUGGGGCAACCCAACAAAAUAGGUAAAAAAAGAGAAAACAAACCCAAGGGCAAAAAAGGAAAGCACGAUUCCCACAAAAUAUCGGUCCGCAUUUAUGGCGUUUCAAAAAAAAUGACGGGUCAGCUUUUCUUGACUUUUUGUAAAUAGCGCGAAGAAAUGGAUCGCUUCUUUUUUCAAUACUAAAGUAAUCUCUCGUUGAAG